AUGAGGCGGUACCUUUUCCCAGUGGCGACAUGCUCGCAGAUUCGGUCUCGCACGUCCAGUUUCAUCUUCAAGUCCAGGUUCGCCAGUCACCGUUUUUAUAGCGAAGAGCCAGUGAGCGACGACCCCCUGAGGAUUCUGUUUUGCGGCACAGACUCCUUCAGCACAGUCUCUUUAGAAGCCUUGCACGACCACUCGAAGACACCUGGGAGUGGUAUCAUUUCAAUCGAUGUGGUCACAAGAACAGACAAGAGGGUGGGUCGAGGAAGGAGGCAACUUCGUGGGCCGGCCAUCAAGCAUGUCGCGGAGAAACGUGGUCUGGCUGUGCACCAGAUCGAUACAUUUACCGGCUGGCAGCCUCCCACUUUCGGCGACACUAAGAAGGAUCCAUGCAACCUGAUCAUUGCUGUCUCGUUCGGGCUCUUGAUCCCGCCUCGAAUUCUGGGCACUGCCAAAUACGGUGGUCUCAACAUUCACCCAUCAAUGCUCCCCGACCUGCGCGGUCCGGCACCUGUUGAAUGGUCUAUUCUGCUUGGGCGGAGGGAUACGGGCGUAUCGUUGCAGACGCUUCACCCUUCACGGUUCGACGAGGGAUUGGUUCUGGAUCAAACCCCACAGCCUGGCAUAGGCAUACCCAACCCAGAUACAAUUACCUCAAAAGAGCUUGAGGGUUACCUGGCUCGGAUCAGUGCAGAAAUGUUGGUCGACGCCAUCAAGAACAAACUGUACAUUCCACCGUACAAUCCCAUUCAGCCUGGCCAACACAUCUCAAAGGAGGACUUGACCCAUGCUCCAAAGAUCAAGAUGGAGUUCCGCGCCGUCGACUUUACACAACUUACCACAGUUGAGGUACUCAGGCGCAACCGAGCAUGUGGACCUCUUCAUGCCUUUGCAGACUCCAGUUCCGGACCGGGCCAGACACGUCGAAUCAACCUCGACACGGCUAUAAGAACUCUUGACGAAGGCGAUAUUCCUGAAGAAGUUCAAGCCGCAGCGCUAUCGAUCCCUGAAGCAGUUCCAUACGCAAUCGUUCGCUCACAUAAAAACAUCAAUGAGAGUGACAAGCCAUUGAUCGUCAACACAAAAAGAGGUCACGAUGAAGACAGUCGUCAGAUUGUCAUUCCCGAGGUCACUGUGGCUGCUAUGGCGAGGGCUCCCGGUGCUGCAGCUGCUGCACGCGCUAAAUUCUUCGCAAAGCCAGAAUCCUUCGGACAGUUCACACUGUACCGCUUCUCGCACCCACUCACUGCGCAGCCAACGCCUCCCGAGGUUAACAGUGCCCGGUAG